CCCCUUUUAAACCCACGUCUCGGGAGAAUUUUAUCCAAACCAUGACGAAUCUGGAGAAGCCCAAUAUCACAGGCCACAUGUUCGACGUAGUCGUGAUUGGAGGCGGCAUCUCAGGAUUGGCUGCUGCCAAACUGUUGUCUGAAUACAAAAUUAAUGUCUUGGUUCUGGAAGCCCGGGAUAGAGUUGGAGGAAGAACAUAUACUGUGAGGAAUGAGCAUGUUAAAUGGGUAGAUGUUGGUGGAGCUUAUGUGGGACCAACCCAGAACAGAAUCUUACGGUUGUCUAAGGAGCUAGGCAUAGAGACCUAUAAAGUGAAUGUCAAUGAGCGUCUAGUUCAAUAUGUCAAGGGAAAAACUUACCCAUUCCGUGGUGCAUUUCCACCUGUGUGGAACCCCUUGGCAUAUUUGGAUUACAACAACCUGUGGAGGACAAUGGAUGAAAUGGGAAAAGAGAUCCCUGUUGAUGCACCGUGGCAAGCAAGACAUGCUGAGGAAUGGGACAAGAUGACCAUGAGAGAUCUCAUUGAUAAAAUCUGUUGGACAAAAACUGCUCGGGAAUUUGCUUAUCUUUUUGUGAACAUUAAUGUGACUUCUGAGCCUCAUGAGGUAUCUGCCCUGUGGUUUCUGUGGUAUGUGAGGCAAUGUGGCGGCACCUCUCGGAUAUUCUCAGUCACCAAUGGCGGCCAGGAACGGAAAUUUGUAGGUGGAUCUGGCCAAGUAAGUGAACAGAUAAUGGUCCUCCUUGGGGAUAAAGUGAAGCUGAGCUCUCCUGUCACUUAUAUUGACCAAACAGAUGACAACAUCAUUAUAGAAACACUGAAUCAUGAACACUAUGAGUGCAAAUAUGUAAUUAGUGCCAUCCCACCGGUUUUGACUGCCAAGAUCCACUUUAAACCAGAGCUUCCACCUGAGAGAAACCAGUUAAUUCAGCGUCUUCCAAUGGGGGCUGUCAUCAAGUGCAUGGUGUAUUACAAGGAAGCCUUCUGGAAGAAAAAGGACUAUUGUGGCUGCAUGAUCAUUGAAGAUGAGGAAGCUCCAAUUUCAAUCACUCUGGAUGACACUAAACCAGAUGGGUCACUGCCUGCCAUCAUGGGUUUCAUACUUGCCCGGAAAGCUGAUCGACUUGCUAAACUUCAUAAAGACAUAAGGAAGAGGAAAAUCUGUGAGCUGUAUGCCAAAGUUCUAGGAUCACAAGAAGCUUUAUAUCCAGUCCAUUAUGAAGAGAAGAACUGGUGUGAGGAGCAGUACUCCGGGGGCUGCUACACAGCCUACUUCCCUCCUGGUAUCAUGACCCAGUAUGGAAGGGUGAUUCGCCAGCCAGUAGGCAGGAUUUACUUUGCAGGCACAGAGACAGCAACGCAGUGGAGUGGCUACAUGGAGGGAGCAGUUGAAGCUGGAGAACGAGCAGCUAGAGAAGUCUUGAAUGCUCUAGGAAAAGUUGCCAAAAAGGAUAUAUGGGUUCAAGAGCCUGAGUCCAAGGAUGUUCCAGCCCUUGAAAUUACCCACACCUUCUUAGAGAGGAACCUGCCUUCCGUGCCUGGUCUGCUCAAGAUCACUGGUUUUUCCACUUCUGUGGCUCUUCUCUGCUUUGUAUUGUACAAGUUUAAACAGCCCCAAUCCUGAAGUUUUCGCCCUCAGGCCUCCUGCUUUGUCAUCCUUAGCACAAUGAGCAUGUAAAGGAAAGUGUGGAUGAAUUACAGCUUGUGAUUUAGGCCAUUUAAGUGCACUUGAUUUAAUCCUCAGCAGUUUAAUUUUAGUUUUUGUAAAGUGGUAACAGUCCAAAGAAUCACCUAGCUAAUUUCCAUAAGAACAAGUUUAAUCCUGUUUGUUAGACUAAUUUGUGUUGGUUGAUAGAAUAAAAUGUUGAGUGCUUAAUUUCAAAAAGUAAAGUGCUUAUGAGGAAUAAUUUCUGGGUUCUGUUUUUUUUUCUUUCACCUUUAAUGCAAAAUAGCUAAUGGUCUUUAAAGUUUUGCCCAUUCUAAGAGCAAAGAUCUAGAUUUCUUACCCCGCUCUGUCUUACAAUUCAAAAGCAUUUUAACUAACUUAAAAGAUUCAGUGACGUCAUAGAUAUAUCCAGUCCAUAAGGGGUUGCCUCAAUUCGUAUUUAAGUGUAGAGAACUCUCAGCACUAAUCUGCUCCAGUUUGACUUGAAAUGACUUAAAGGCCUGGAUUGGCAAGAGAUCUAAAAAUAUUCAGAUUGUUAACAUUGAAUUGUUGAAUAUUGAAAAUCUCCUGAGUUUGCAGUUUACCCCCCACCCUCUGCUUCUUAGGAAACCAAUUAAUCUAUCCUAAUGAUAUCAACCCUAUUAAGCUACAGUUUGGAUAUUAAAAUGAUUUCCAGUCAGAUGUGUUUAGACAUAUAAUGGGAGUUGAGAAACAUUAUAUGUGAGGCUGUUUGCCACAAAGUUAACAUUGUUAUUUUCCUUGAAAUAGAGAAACAAGUCAUGUCAAGAGAUUGAUAAUCCCCUUUCUAGAUCUGAAGCCCAGUUGGUCUUUCUCCAUAGUUAGGAUGAGAAUUGGUUUUUAAAAAGUACAUCUUUUUGCUGUAGCUGUUAAAUAUGGUCUCAUAUUACACUGAAGAAAAUUAAACUUUACUGAGGGCUGUGAACUAUGUUUUGUUUGAUGGUUCCGAACUUGGUACCUAAUGUCCCAUGUCUAAAUAAAGUUGGCGCUAGAGCUACAUAUGGGCAUAUGCAUAUGUAUAUGAUUUGCCACUGAAGUAAGAUAUUGUCUGUGUGGUACUGAAUUUUGUUGUUGUUCUUAAUAAAAUGUGAUGCCACCCUUCAUUCAGA